UAUAGCUAUGGCGAUUACAUGGAGCAGCUACCCAUACAGUAUCAAUAGUAGCUCAAACUGCACGGUGAUCCUGAGCGAGUAUGUCCGAAACCUGACGUCAUCCUACGCCGACAAGAGCAACGAGGCCUCCAUCGUCACCACCUCCGUCGUCAUGUUCAUCCUCGCCGCGCUCUUCUUCAUCCUCAACUUCUUCAGCCGCGUCUCCGACGUCAGCGCCGUGCUGCACCCCACCGUCCGCCUCUUCCUCUCCACCUCGCUCUCCCUCUUCCUCCCCGUCAUGUCCUACCUCUUCUCCGAGGCCAAGAACAACUCCGGCGACCUGUCCGCCGCCGCCAGCGACCCGAAAGAGGAGCUCUCGCUGCGAGCUCGCACCAUCCUCGCCUGGAUGCUUCUCGUCGAGCUCCUCCGCAAGAAGGUCGAGGCGAUCCUCAUCGCCAUGGCCGGCGCGCAGGGGUACCUCACCACCAUCGAUCGCGCCGGCCGUAUCGCCUGGCUUGGCUACCUUGUCUUCUUCAACGUCAAGAGCGCCGGCAAGAAGACCAUCUAUGGCUUCCUCUGGGUCCUCGCCGCCACCAAGCUUGUGCAGAGGGUCCUCAUCAACGAGGUGCUCAGGCGUUCGUUUGCGUAUGCCAAGAACGCCCAGCGCCUCCACUCCUACAUGGAUCUUGUGAUGCAGGACCAGCCGCCGCCGCCGCAAGGAAAUGCGCCCACCGGAGCCGACCAGCUCAAGGGCUGCAAGUUCGCCGUGAUGGGAGAAGAAGACCUCGAGUUGAAGGCCAGCUCCGACGGCUAUUUUCUUAGCGAGAACAAGUCCACCGUCACUGAUUCCGCAGCAGCGCAACCGGUCGUCGUCACCGUCGGACAAGUCUGGACCCUCGCGGAGACGGAUCCGCUCUUCCAGAGAGACCACAGGCUGAAGAGACUCUGCCUCUCCUUCGCACUCCACAAGCUUCUUCGCCGUCGGUUCGAGGGCUUCCAGUUCACCGACACGGAGGUGCGCAGCUGCCGGGACGUCGUCUUCAAGGGCUUGUGCCAUGACGGCACCGACAGGGAAGCCAUCGCCGUCGCACUGUUCCAGGUGCUCAACGACGAGACCCAUUUCGUGUGUGAGUACUACCACUCCGUCCUCCCCGUCGUGCUCUCGAGCCCCUUCUUCCUCCUGGCCAACUACUUCCUCUUCCCCAUCAUAGUGCUCGCCUUGUUCUUCCUCACCAUCAUCAUCUGCAACAAUGGCGACCUGUUCUUCGCGUUCCACAGCUUGAAGAGUGACAACCUGGCCAUAUCGUUCGGCCUGACGAGCCUGACCAAAUGCCUCCUCCGCAACAUCAGCCAAUCGGCGCCGGCGCUCUACGCCACCGUGGACCUCGCCAUCACCACGCUGCUGGUGAUGGCCUUCGUGUACGAGGAGUUCUGGGAGUUCGUCGUGUUCAUCAACUCCAACUGGUUCAUGGUGUCGCUGCUCCACGACUACACCAGCAAGCCGCACAGGAGGAAGAGCCCCACCUUCAUGGGCGUCGUCGGCCGGAUCAUGUGGAUCCGGAACUCCAUGAGCCGGCCAAGGCUGUGCUUCCACCAGCUGUCGGUGCUCCAGGGCUUCCUCCCAUGCCGGCAUCCUACGGCGCUGCCCUACAAGAGUGUGCCCAAGGAAGUGAAGAAGGCGGUCAUGGAAUAUCUCAUGAACCAUGUCGAUGUCGAGUCCAGCCAUGGCCAUGGCCAUGCUCCUCUCAGCAAUGGAUGGUCCAUCUUACAAGAGAAGCACCCCCGGUGCCACUCCCGGCUCUCAUGGGCGUGCCACAGCAGCAGCCUCACCGAGGUGAUGCUCACCUGGCAUGUCGCCACCGGCCUCCUGGAGGAAAAAUACCCCAAGCAGACGGCGGCGACCACCACGUCCCAGCAAUCCAACAGCACGGUGGCGGCGACGCUGUCCAAGUACUGCGCUUACCUGGUCGCCUUCCACCCGGAGCUACUCCCCGACGUCGUCGACGGCACAAAGCUCGUGUACGACGCCAUGAAACGGGAGCUCAAAUCGGUGCUCGGGUGCUCCGGGUACUGCUGCCCGCACGAGAUGAUGCCGAGCGCCGCAGCCGAGAGGAGGUACAGCAAGGUGAUGCAAGUCGGGAAGCAGCCGGUUCAGGCCGGGAAGCUAGAGAGGGAGAUGUCGCCGGUGUGGAAGGGCGCCAGGGUCGCCGACGCUCUCCUCGCCAUGGCCGGGCGGGAGGUGGACGAAGAAGGGUUCGUGUGGCAAAUCUUGGCUGACAUUUGGACGGAGCUCAUUGUCUACUCGGCACCAUCAGACGAUGAACUGCACGUGAAAGCACACGGCGAUGUGUUGGCGCAGGGAGGCGCAGAGUUCAUCACCGUGCUUUGGGUACUAGCCACCCAUACUGGUGUGGCACGCCCAAGUGGUAAGCCAUGGGAGAACAUCGUGGUCGAAAACCUAGCUUGAUGCCAAGACCGAUCGACCAGUUGUUGCUUUGAUUCAAGCAGAUGCAUGCAUGCAUGCAUGUCAUGUGUGUUCGAGUUUGGUUUGCAUGUUUUUUUUCUCUCGAUACUAAUCUGUGGCAAGCAUGGCUCUAUAUUUUCAUCCAACACUAGACUGCAGUUUGUGGUUUACAUAUAUGGGUGUCUUGAUUAAUCAAUCAUGAACUCAAGAAAAUAUAUAUUAUAUUCU